AUGUCCCCGACUUACACCACUUCACCAGCUCAGCCCGCUACCGACACGUCUCUAAGCGCGCUACUCGCGUCGCAACAGAUGAACGGCCAUCCGCAGUCAAUGGACGCUCGCCAGCAGGAAUACGCUCACCAACCGCCGCUCAAGCAAGAGUAUUCGCAGCAACCAGGUUUGAAUUCGCCCUACGCUUCCUCGUCCUAUACCGGCAACCUUUCUGAGACCCUCUCCUCCCCAGACCAGAACCAAGCUGCCCAAUACCACCCAGACUCUGCGCGCUCUGCCUCAUUCCCCGAGUACCAGCAGCAACCCCAAGGCCAGCCGCAACAAGCUCAGCGACCAUACCCCGAGCAGGGCGCUCCACGUUACCAGCAGCCAGGUGGCCAUCCACACGCUGCAAUGGCUCAAUCAAGUCGGUCCAUGCCUCUUGCCAGCGCGUUGCGCGACACGCGUUCUGACUCGGCCAUUGCCAUAGAUCCCACAAUAGCUGCGCAGACGCCGCAAUACCCUCAGCAACACGCAUACUCCCCAUACCCUCCCCAGCAUGAGAUGCACCAAUAUCCAGGCCAGCCUGGCCAGCCCAUGUACGCGCCGCGCCCCGAAUGGGGAGCAUACCACGCUCAACCUAUGCACUACCCCGUGUCAGCCGCUGGUGGACCGCCAGGAAUGGCAGCCGCCGUUCCAAGACCCCCAGGUGGAGGACAUCCAAUGUCUACCGUAUAUUCGUUUGUCCCGAUUCCUGGUGCGCAGCAGCACAAGCGUCCGCGUCGACGAUAUGAAGAGAUUGAGCGCAUGUACAAGUGCGGAUGGAAUGGCUGUGAAAAGGCAUAUGGCACACUUAACCAUCUGAAUGCGCAUGUCACUAUGCAGUCGCACGGCGCAAAGCGCACUCCCGAAGAAUUCAAAGAAAUCCGCAAGGAGUGGAAGGCCAAAAAGAAGGAGGAGGAGAAUGCGCGCAAGCAGGAAGAGGAGCGUCAACGUCAGGAAGCCGGUCGUGCUGCUCAAGAAGCCGGCACCCCGACCCAGCCCGCCCCGGCACAGUACCCGCAACAACACAUGAUGCCUCCGCAGGCCAUGAGCAGUGCUCAACUACCGCCCAUCGGCUACGCUCCCGCUGCUCCACCUACUCCUCAGCAAUACACUCCAUCACAGCAGCAAGUAGACGGAGCACAGUCUUACCCCGCUGGCCAGAUGUAUGCCGCCAAUGGAGGCUAUCCUCAAAGCCCCUAUGCUCAGGGCGGUCAGAUCUAUCAGCAACGUUAG